AUGCUAAGGGACCCGAUGACGCUGGCCUACUCGGUGUGCCGCGACGUGGUGCAGCCCUACGUGACUUCGGGCCGCUCGGAGGCUCACCGCCUCCCCGUACUGAUUGUCAACCGUGCCCUGCCCGCCACCGCCAUCUCCCUGCUGGCGUUUGCCCAUCUGCCCGACGUCCUGGCCCGCCUCCUAGGGGUGCGCGACCAUGACAGGCACCGUGCGCCUCCGUCGCGCUGGCUGACGCGCUGGCUGGCGGCGCGUAAACGCCUUUGGCUGCUGGGGGCCGGAGGGGCGGCGCUACACGUGGCCUACAGCCUCUCCUACCCGGGCCGCCUCGCUCUCCGCUACAAGAUGCUCGCCUGGUCGUACAAGCAGGUGCAGGAGGGGCGCGCGAGCUCGUGGGACGAGGAGGACGUGUGGCGCAUGGAGCUGUACGUGUCGCUGGGCGCGAUGGCGCUGGGCGCGCUCUCCCUGCUCGCCAUCGCACACCUCCCCUCCGUGCGCGACUCGCUCACUGGUCGCGAGCUCGCCUUCCUGCACGAUCGGCUGGGACCGCUCGCCCUGCUGCUGAGCGUGGCACACACGGUCGUGUACGGCUGGCGUCGCUGGCUCGACGUGGUCUCCUACGUGUGGUGCACUCCGCCCGUCUUCCUUCUCGCCCUGCUCGCUCCCUGCAGCACCCUGAUCGGCAUGGCCCUCGCCGCCGCUCCCUGCUGGCGCAGACGCCCUGCCCUCGACCGCGGAAUCUGGGCGGAGGAGGAGGAGGACGAGGAGGAUGACAAGGAGGAUGAGAAGAAGGACCUGGGACAGUUCCAUACGGAUCAAGAUAUUGGGAUAGAGAUGGUGACGGCCCUUUAA